AUGGGCCGCGCUCUGCAGGCAAGGGACCUAGAAAGUGAGGUCCCCCGAGCGAGUUCACCCGGAGCCGAAUGCGAGACUAUCCAGGCCCACGCCUACCACUGCCAACAACACCCCCAGCAGCAGCAGCAACUUCACCAACGCCAGCAGUACCAGCGGCACGAGCAGCAUCAUUCAGACGAGAACCAACACCAUCACAGUUACCAAGACCUCCGUAAUAUUCUGCGUCCGAGUGGCCAUCAUGAUGCCCCACAAGAGGAGUGGCACGUGUCGAUUAAGAAUGAAACGCACGCGGGUGCUGCACGUCCAUCGCACUGCCAGUUGGUCUGGCAGACGCUCCACGCGAAUCUUGAGCUGCAGCAGCUGCAGCACCACGGACUCGCGGCGAGCGAGAGUCGUGGCUUCCCGUCACCCUUCCCGAGGCACGGCCGCCACCCUCCCUCCCCCGACAUCUGUGCGCUCGGUAACCUCAACGUGAACACGUCUGGCGCGGCGCUCAUGCCACCCUCCUCUCCUCAACUGGACCUCUUUGGUGAAGUGACGGUGGCGAGUCUGAGGCUCGAGCCAGGACAGAAUCAGAGCCGUGUUCAGGAGAUCACCCUGAAACAGGAGCCACGAAACUACAGGCGGUGCAAGCUGUUGUUGAAACGCGAGCACGGAGCACGCUCGCGGAAACGACUCGCAGCGCACGUCUGUGAGUUCCCCGCGUGCGGGAAGACCUACAGCAAGAGCUCGCACCUCAAGGCACACCUGAGGACCCACACAGGCGAGAAGCCAUACGGGUGCGACUGGCCGGGCUGCGGGUGGCGGUUCGCGCGCUCGGACGAGCUCACGCGCCACUACCGCAAGCACACGGGCGCGCGGCCCUUCCCGUGCGCGCUAUGCGAGCGCGCCUUCUCGCGAUCCGACCACCUCGCCCUGCACAUGAAGCGCCAUGCGUGA